CGAGUAUCUCGCCGUCCUCACGUCCAAAUAGAACGCAGGAAGCCGCAGCAGACGACGAGCAUCAUGAGCGACAACAAGGAAAUCCCGUCCGAGUACCGCAUCUCCGAGAAGUGGGACAAGUGCCUGGAGAACUUCACGCUCUACUUUGGCGCUGGCCUCGUGGCUGGUGGCCUUACGUCCCUCGUGCUGGCUCGUUCUGGAGCUGGUCGCGGACUGGUGACGGGUCUGGGCGCUGGUGCAGGUGCGGGAUCGAGCUGGACGACGUGCCAACUGGCGUUUUCGGGUAACACCAAAGCACAGCAAGCUCUGAACAAGACGGACAAGGCUGUGGGCGACUUCAAGGAGAAGAUCUCGGGCUCAAACUAGAUGUUCCUCGCUUAAGAGAGGCGAAGCUGGCGCUGUCUUUUUGGAGGUGAAAGUUGAGGAGUCGCAGAGCCGUCGUAGGGCGCUAGGAUCUACAGAUCAUCGGUGGCUGGUCGUGUGAACUGGAGGUUUCUAAAAGCUGAAGACAUGGAUUCUAGCUGACGCGAUCUCCACGAUUCAAAGAAAAAAAACACGAAAUAUAAUACUAUAGUGUGGUGGUCGGCAGCCGCUAAUAACUGAGUAACUCGGUGCUACUUUCUGCGGUUCUCCUGAGUCGACGAGAAAUGCCACGCGAUGGCAUCUUGAUCUAUGCCUUCUGCUCGAAUAUGAACUCGUACUCGCCAGCACCGACCUCCACUUUUAUGGGUUUGCUAAUUGUGAGCUCGUAUGGCUUUUUCGGCUCCAAUUCCACAUCGUCGAUACGGGUGCCGUUAGUACUUUCCGAGUCGAUAAAGAAAACUUUUCCUGUCGUCUCCAAUUUGACCUGUAAGUACAGACACAUUAGUUUGCUGUGCGAUAGAAGCAACAAUGAACUAUCACUACCUCUCCGUGUGA